AUGAAGAGGCGACCGCACGCGGCGCGCGCGCGGACAGCGAUCGAGGCCGAAGUGCCGUCGACAGUGUAUACAGUAGACCUGCACCGACUGAGUGCGCAGGCGCACCUGUCGACGGCGGAGCUCGUGCGUGGCCUGCAGCGGAGCGACGCGGUCGAGAUGCAGGGCGUCGUGGUGAACCGCGGACAGGACGUGCCGUUUGAGGCCGUGGGCAGGACGCCAGCAGCCGCUUUGGAUGCCGACAGUCUCUUGUACGACAGUGGCGUGCAGAUGGAGGCGGCCGAUGAGGGCGUCCAGCAAGUUUUGCUCACGGCAGCGUCCAGUACCAUGUGCCUCGACGGGUCGCACACGCCCAAGUGUCUGCUUGUGCUCGGCGAGUAUACGCUCCUGGAGCACAUUCUCGCGCAGCUGUUUGUCGCAGGCAUCCAGCGCGUGGUCGUGAUCGUCUCGUACUAUGGCGACGAGAUCAUGGCGCACGUGAAGGAGAGUUUCCUGUACGCGAAGCUGCAGAUUGAGUUUCUCAAUCUUGGCCAAGCGACGUCGUAUGGCCACGCGCGGACGCUCUUGUCGGCACGUAACCUUUUUACACAGCCGUUUUUGAUCCACACGGCCGACCACGUGUUUGAUCGAGCGAUCAUCAGUCGCGUGGCCCGUUUCGACCUGGACGACUGCGUGGCGUGUGUGCUUGUGGACACGAACAAGAAUGUCGUCAAGGGACUGCCGUUUACUGCUGGUAAGGUGCUGUUGGAUUCGUCGAACGGGACGAUUCGCGAGAUUGGACGAGGACUGAAGCACUUUGAUGCGAUCGAUGCGGGCUUGUUCUUAGCUACGACGAAACUGUUUGCCGCACUCGAGAUGCUAGCAUACGAGAAGCCACUGUUUUCUCUGGCAGAGGCGCUGAAUGUACUGCGUCCGACGUAUGGAUUGAAAUAUGUGGAAACAAAUGGGGAUGCCUGGCUGAGUGUAGAGACUCAAGCACAGCUGGAUGAGAUUGUGGCUAAUGGUAGCAUUGCGUCGGUGUCGCCAUGGCCUGUGCUUGUUGCCAAGGAGCCAGUAGAGAGGGCUUUGUCUUCGACCGAACCUGGCGGAAAAAGUGUCUUUCUGGCUGUUUCAGCUGCUGACGAUGAAUCCGUCUUGCGCGCGAUAAACGUGCAGGUGUGUCAGUCGGCAGACGUGUUUGGCGGAUUUGUUGUGGAUGUGGACCAACUGCAGGAAGUUGGUGUCGCUGGCACGACAGCACCUGCCCGGGAGUCGGGCCAAGCGCACGAAAACACACCCCUGCUUGAUCGUUCGACGCGAGCAACUUUGCAGCAAGACCGUAAUGUAGCAGACACACACUUGACGCUGCAGCGCAAGCGAAGUUCUUUUCUAAAACAGGCAGAAAACUCGUUCGUGCUAUCCAUGCCGUACGACGAACCAUCUGACGUCAGUGCUAGUAUCGGCGCGUCACAUGACGUGCACAUGGUACCAUCAGCUGUGGUCCAACACGCAUAUCUAAUUGAGCUCCCGCAGGUCGCGACGACUGGAGAAAGACCUGGUGCUGUGCAAGAAACGUUGUUGCAGCAGUUUGUGCUUGCAGUGCCCAACAGCGAUACGUUGUAUGGGCGCCCUGGGUUAUUACGCCGUUUGACGUCGCUGCCGUCCGAUGUCAAAGACAUUAUGGUAGAAACGGUAGAGUUUCGCGAUGGCACAAUGGAAUUGCGAUUGCUCGUGAAGCGGCAGGUACCCAUCGCUGGCUAUAUUCUGCUGCUCGCGUCUCUGGUGACAAUUUCAUCUUUGGGCACAGUCUUGGAUCUGCAGCGUAACGUAAACCCGUUCAUGAAAUUUUUCUGGCGCUUGACUGCCUCCCUGGCCGUAUUUAUUCCUCUUGCUGGAGCUGCGCUGUAUGACCAAGGCUUACCGCGAUUUACGACGCAAAAUAUGAUUUGCUUCCUGACGUGCUCGCUAUCGUAUGCGGUCUUUCUCACCACAUUCCUAUGGUCGCUGUCGCACACAUCGAUUGACCACGCUUAUAUAUUCAAUAACUGCCACUCGUUACUCAUGAUCGUGGGGCGCUUGCUGCUCGGGCGCUACGUAUCGCAGUUUGAGGGUCUGGGUACUGCUAUUGGUGUAAUUGGCGGGGCGCUUACAACUUUGGAUCACCAGCCGUCGUCUUCCACCGGUGUUGAAGUGGUGCAGGUAUCGUUAACUGGUGAUCUUGUAGCCCUUGUCGGUGCUGUGGGAGGCGCUCUUUACCUUCUAACCGUCAAGAAGUUGCGUACCGAGAUCGACGUCAGCAUUUUGUUUGCCGGCAUGUUCUCUUUGCUCGCGCUACUGACAUUCCCCGUCUUUUCACUGCUUGAAAUCCCGUUCGAGGCGUCUCGAGAUCCUGACAUUGGCCUUUUCGGCUGGCUGCAUCCGUCGCGUGCAGCAUCGGAAACCUACAUUGUGCUCGUUUGCACGCUUGUCGGUACGGUGGGCUACGUUGCCGUCAUGAAGUACUUUGCUCCCAUUGCCAUAUCUGUCGUGAUGCUUGUGGAGCCUGUGCUGGCUGCUUUUAUGGGCGUGGCAGUUACUACCGACGUUUUUCCCGGCCUGCUUACAAUCGUGGGAUCGUUGCUGAUCGUCGCUGCGACGGCUCUCGUGGUCGUAUCCAAUUCGUCCCAGACCGAGACGGUCGACGCAACAGUGGCCAUGUCGCUCACCUCAAGUGCUGCACACCGAAGUCUCAGCUCUACCAAUUCUGGUGGCUUCAAGCUGCGACAGAUGGCCACGCCGACGACAGAUGUACGAUAUGUCGAGCCGAGCGUUGCGCUUAACACGCAUGACAGGGGCUAG